AUGGUGGCGAUCCAAAACUCGCAGAAGUACGACCGGCAGCUGAGGAUAUGGGGCGAGCACGGGCAGAGGGCGUUGGAGCAGGCGCGGGUGUGUCUGUUGACAGCAGGGCCGACGGGCACAGAAGCUUUAAAGAACCUGGUGCUGGGAGGGAUAGGCUCCUUCACCGUUGUGGAUGGCGCCACUGUGGAGGCCCAUGACCUGGGGAAUAACUACUUCCUGGAUCGCACGCACCUGGGCACAUCACGAGCGCAGGCGGUGACAGCGCUGCUGCAGGAGCUGAACGAGAGUGUGGCGGCGAGGUUUGUGGAGGAGAGCCCUGCCACGCUCAUUCAAGAUAAUGCCAAGUUCUUCAGCGAGUUCACCCUCGUCAUCGCCACGCAGCUACCGGAGUCAGUGAUACUGCAGCUGGACUCGGUGUGUCGGCAGCACGGCUGUCAGCUCAUAGUGGCGCGCUCUUACGGCCUCAUGGGACUCAUCCGCAUCUCCUCUACGGAGCACUGUGUGGUGGAGGCGAAGCCAGACAACACGGUGGACGAUCUGAGGUUGCACAAGCCGUGGAAGGAGCUGAAAGAAUUCGCAACCGGGUUCGACUUGGGCAUGGAGGACGCGAUGCUGCACAGCCACAUCCCCUACGCCGUCAUCCUGCUGCAGGCAGCGCAGCAGUGGCAGCAGGGGGGAGCGCGAGGGGAGGCCGGGGAAGCAGGUGCAGGAGGAGCAGGAGGAGGAGGAGAGGCGGCGCCGGUUUCGAUGCAAGCGGAUGGGGAGGGGCAGGGAGGGGCGAGUGAGCCGCGAGCACUGCCCCGUAGCGCAAAAGAGCGGACAGAGUUCAAGGCGUUGAUAGCAGCACACCAGAGGCACAUGGACGAGGAUAACUUCAAGGAGGCCCUCGCUGCCGCGUACAAAGUGUGGUCGCCACCCCCCAUAGGCUCAGAGCUACAGGCCAUAUUCACCGAUGCAGCCAUGCAGCUCUCGCAUGCCUCCUCUGACUUCUGGGUGCUUGCCGCUGCGCUCAAGCUGUUUGUGGAGAAGGAGGGGGAAGGGGACCUGCCUGUCGAUGGAUCCAUUCCAGACAUGCACUCGCUCACAGAUUUCUACGUGGCGCUUCAGAGAAUCUACCUCAGCAAGGCGGAUGCUGAUGUGGCGGCUGUGCAGCGCCACGUCAGCGACCUGCUGAGGAGCAUAGGCAGGGACCCCGCCUCCAUUCCCCUCGCUACAGUCAAGCUCUUCUGCAAGAACGUGCGGAACCUGAGGGCGGUUCGCUUCAAGCCUUUGAGUGAGGAGUUGGGAGCAGGAGCGCCAGCUUGCAUUCCAACACUGCAGCGGCUCAUGUCAUCUCCCGAUGGCAGCCAUGCUGCUCUGUAUGUGCUCCUGAGAGCUGCCGACCACUUCUAUUCCCAGUUCCACCGCUACCCCGGCUCUUUCCCCGGUGACGUGGAUGACGAUGACGUGGCGCGGCUCAAGAGCCUGGCAGGGGCUAUUGUCAGUGGAGGUGGCAGCCCCAGCCAGUCACCGUCGAUUCCGGACGAUCUGACGGCUGAGAUGUGUCGGUUUGGUGCCAGUGAGCUCCACUGUGUUGCUGCUGUGAUUGGAGGCGUCCCCGCUGCCCCGCACCUGGAGGACUGCGCGCGAGUGAGCGCGGAGCGGGAGGCGUGGGAGAAAAGAGGAGCGCAGGGAGAGGAGCCCGCUUGGACCCGCGGAGCCCCAAGGCAGGCGGAUGCUGCUGCUGCCGGUGAUGCUUCCCCUGGGUGCUCGGGGCAAGCGCAGGGGGAGGGGGUGCCGCAGCCGCCUUGGAUCAGAGGGUCGGAUGAAGCCAAUCUGCCGCUGACACGUGUCGUGCAGAGGGACAUCUGGCGCCAUCAGUUCCCACCUGGGGAUUGCACGGACAAGCGUCUGCUCAUUGCCAAGUGGCCCAAACCUGGUGGCCACGGGGCUGGCUCUCAGGUGCAUGUGAUGUCGGCCAUGCUGAGCCUGGCCAUGCUCAACAACAGAGUGCUGGUGGAGGAUCCCGACACCUACCUGCGCGCCCGCACCCCUGACUGCGAAGCCGUGGGGCACAACAGCAGGUGGGACUGCUACUUCUUCCCCAUCACGUCAGUGGAGUGUCGCCGCGUGGCCAUGCAGCAGCUCGUCACCAACACGCUCCCCGACUGCGCCGGGAUGGGCUUUGAGGCCGCUGCUGCCUCGCCCGAUCGCUUUGUGUGCAUCGGCAUGGCGAAUUCUAUGGAGUCCUCUGCUGCUAGUCUGUGGGGCGAUGCGUAUCUGAACAGCACAUGCACGGUGGAGGCAGAGGGGCGACUCAUGCCUCUUGACCCUGAACUCCGCGGUGCGAUUCAUUGCUCCCUCAGUGAAGCCUAUUGUAUUGCCCCUCCCCCUCGCCAGGUGCAUUGGUGGCGGGCGCAGGCGGUGCGUUGCAUUGCUCCUUGGGUAACGCGUAUUGUCUCGCCGCCCUUUGCCCCCCAUUGCCCUCGCCAGGUGCAUUGGUGGCGGGCGCAGGCGGUGCGAUUCAUCAUGCGGUGGCCGUCAGCCCAUCUCUGCCACGUCACCAACCAGGAGAGGCACCGCGCCUUCGGCACACUCGCAGCCAAUCACGUUGCUCGCUUCCUUCUUACCCAAUCAGAAGGCCUCUCCUCCCUCUCUCGCAGCACCGCCCCUGCUGCCUCCGCCACCGCUGCGGCCGCUUCUGCCGGUGCCGCUUCUGCUGGACCUACUGCUCUCAACGCCCCAGAGAAUGCAAGUGACUGGGAGGCAAGGAAAAGAAGAGCAGCCGACAGAUUGGCGGCUCUUGCAGGUUCCGCUUUGUCCUUCCACGCAGAAGACGCCACAGGCAGUGCCACAGGGAGCGGUGUCAACGGCUCGGGUGCCAGCUGGUUGCUGGGAGUGCAGGAGCCGUACAUGCCGCGGCCUAUAGUGAGUCUGCAUGUAAGGGGUACGGACAAGUUUGCAGAGAUGGGGCUGACCUCUCUGGACUCCCACAUCUUCCAUAUGAACCGCCUCCGCCACCACGCGCUCGACCUCUCCCACGUCUGGCUCAACACCGAGACCCAGGCCAAUGUGGACCGAGCAGCAGAUCAACCCUCGUGGACUUUCUUCUACUCGUCCAAUGCACGGCAGCAGGGCAUGGCAAGGGGGAUGAAGCACAGCAGAUCAACCCUCAUGGAGUUUCUUCUACUCGUCCAAUGCAUAGCAGCAGGCAGCAGCGGGGUCGCUGUGCCAGCCAACGUGGACCGAGCAGCGGAUCAACCCUCCUGGAGUUUCUUCUACUCAUCCAAUGCGCGGCAGCAGGCAGCAGCAGGGUCGCUGCGGCAGUACGAGCGCGAUCAAUCAGUAGCAGUGAGCUUUGCAAGCGUGCUGAUCGCUGCACAGUGCGACUACUUCGUCGGCAGCCUCGGCUCCAACUGGAGCCGCCUCAUGAACGAGCUUCGCUCCACCAAUGGUCGAUUGCUUGCCGGAUUCGUGGCCGUCAAUUUUGGAGAGUGGUAG